GGCGCGUACCGGGGCGUGUCGGACUUGAUAUUGGGGGCUGAGGAGCACUUGGGGUCUUUUUUGUCUCUUUACGUUUUUAAUAAAGAGACAGAAACAAUUCGAAAGGUUCGACUCGAGCCGAGGGAUGACUGGGGUGGCAGCGGCUGCAUUGGCUGCGACGUUGGCUCUGGCUUUUUGCACCGAGUUCCUUUCUCUAGAGCAGCAAAGGACGUAGCAGCAGCAGCAGCAGCAGCAGCAGCAACAGGAACAUCUUCCACUGCAGCAGUAACUCCAGCACGGGGAGCAGAAAGCCGCUCGGACUCUUUGCCGCCACAUGAGCCGCAGCAGCAGCAGCAGCAGCAGCAGCAGCAGCAGCAAAUGCGCCAGGUGUUGGCUGCUGAUUUCGAGGGCGUCCCAUGGGCGCAGGACCCCGCAGCAGCAACAGCAGCAGCAACAGCAGCAGCAGCAGCAGGUCUAGGCAUGGCUCCUCUGGAUGCUUCUGAUCCUGCAGCAGCAGAUGUUUUGGCUUCUUGUCUGCUGCUGCCCACAACUAAUUCCCCCCUUAGAGACCCGGCCUUCCCCGCGGGGCCCACAGGGGAGCCGCAGUGUACGUACAGCAGCGGAGGCCCUGGAGGUGGCGUUGUGCAGCAGCAGCAGCAACAAAAGCAGCAGCAGGAAGAGCUGCAGCAGCAGCAGCAGCACCAGGAUAGUGCAGCAGAUCUGCUGCAGCAGCGAGGUGCAGCAUUCUGCAACAACGCAAAGAGCGCCUAUCUCGCGUACGACCUUCCCUAUGCUGCGGCUAUGAUCAGCCACUCCGGAGCUGUUAUCGAAGGCAAGCAAGGCCUCCUUUUGUAG